UAUUAUAUAUGUAAUAAAAUAUCUUCAAUGGAGCAUCAGAAGAGUGUCUCAGUUGCAGAACCUCACAUUUGGGUGAACAAGAGGUUGACCAUAAGGACUUCAAAUUCUGUACUGAACUGAAUUGAAGACAGAAAAAUCAAGAUGGUUGAGGCUGUUGUGUCCUUUGCAGUUGAAAGGCUUCACGACCUACUUACGGAAGAGGCCAGAUUGUUAAUUGGGGUGAGUGACAAAGUCAAAAGGAUGCAAAAUGAACUAAAGAGGAUGCAAUGCUUCCUAAGAGAUGCUGAGAGAAAGCAGGAUAAAAAUGAUACUAUAAAGAAUUAUAUUUCAGAGGUGAGAAAACUAGCCUAUGAUGCAGAGGAUGUGAUAGAAAUAUAUGCUAUUAAGGUUGCAUUAGGCAUAAGUAUUGGAACUAAAAAUCCACUCACCAAAACUAAACAUCUUCACAAAGUUGGCACUGAGCUCACAUCAAUAAAUUCUCGAAUUGAUGACCUCACAAGAAGCCUACAAAACUAUGGUUUUAUUGCAACAGAAGACAAUGAAGAGGUAUCUGAGGUGCAAAGACAAUUGCGAUGGUCUUAUUCUCACAUAGUUGAAGAGUUCAUUGUUGGCUUAGAUAAGGACAUAGACAAAGUGGUGGAAUGGCUAUUAAAUGAAAAUCAUCAUUGUCAAUUUGUUUAUAUUUGUGGAAUGGGUGGUCUUGGUAAAACUACACUUGCCAAAAGCAUUUACCAUUACAAUGCUAUUAGGCGAAACUUUGAUGGUUUUGCUUGGGCAUAUAUAUCUCAGAAAUGCAAGAAAAGAGAUGUUUGGGAGGGAAUUUUACUGAAGCUUAUUUCUCCUACCAAAGAGGAAAGGGAUGAGAUUAAGAAUAUGACAGAUGAUGAACUGGCAAGGAAGUUGUUUAAAGUUCAGCAAGAUAAAAAAUGUUUGAUAAUCCUGGAUGACAUAUGGAGCAAUGAGGCAUGGGACAUGUUAAGUCCUGCCUUUCCAUCACGAAAUACAAGGAGUAAGAUAGUUUUUACAUCCCGCAAUAAAGACAUUUCAUUGCAUGUAGAUCCUGAAGGCUUGCUCCACGAACCAAGUUGCUUAAAUCCAGAGGACAGUUGGGCAUUGUUUAAGAAAAAAGCUUUUCCAAGACAAGAUAACCCAGAAUCCACGGUUUCUGAUGAGUUUAUAAGAUUAGGCAGAGAAAUGGUUGCAAAGUGUGCUGGUCUGCCUUUGACUAUCAUUGUUCUUGGAGGGCUUUUGGCUACAAAGGAGAGAGUUAGUGACUGGGCUACAAUAGGAGGAGAGGUACGUGAAAAGCGAAAAGUAGAGGAAGUCUUGGAUUUAAGUUACCAGGACUUGCCUUGUCAACUGAAACCAUGUUUUCUCUAUUUAAGUCAAUUCCCUGAAGACUCUGAGAUACCAAGAACUAAACUAAUUCAGCUAUGGGUAGCAGAAGGUGUUGUUUCAUCUCAAUAUGAGACUGAACGGGAUGAGACAAUGGAGGAUGUUGCAGAACGCUACCUAGGUAACUUAAUUAGCCGCUGCAUGGUUCAAGUUGGUCAGAUGGGGUCUACUGGUAGGAUUAAAACCUGUAGGCUCCAUGAUUUAAUGCGUGAUCUGUGUUUGUCAAAGGCCAGAAAAGAAAAUUUUCUUUACAUUAUUAAUGGAUCACAACAAAAUAGUACCAUUGAUGUUGCUUCUUCAUCUAAUUUAUCAGAUGCAAGACGAAUUGAUGAAGUUCGUAGGCUUGCUGUCUUCUUGGAUCAACGUGUUGAUCAAUUGAUUCCACAGGACAAGCAAGUGAAUGAACACCUCAGGUCCCUUGUAUUUUUUCACGACAAGAAGUGUAGGAUGGAAAAUUGGGACCUAGUGAAAGGUGUUUUUGUCGAGUUCAAAUUACUUAGAGUUCUAGAUCUUGAAGGAAUUAAGGGGCUGAAGGGACAGUCAUUGCCUAAAGAAGUGGGAAAUCUUUUAUGGUUGAAGUUUCUGAGUCUGAAAAGGACUCGCAUACAAAUACUGCCAUCUUCCUUGGGAAAUUUGGAGAAUUUGCAAUUCCUAAAUUUGCAAACUGUCAAUAAAGUGAGCUGGGAUUCAACCGUGGAAAUUCCAAAUGUAAUAUGUAAGUUGAAACGGUUGAGGCAUCUAUAUCUUCCAAAUUGGUGUGGGAAUGUUACUAACAACCUGCAACUAGAAAAUUUGACCAAUUUACAGACAUUAGUAAAUUUUCCUGCCAGCAAAUGUGAUGUAAAAGAUCUAUUGAAGCUGAAAAAACUCAGAAAGUUAGUACUGAAUGACCCUAGACAUUUUCAAAAAUUUAGUGAAAGUUUCAGUCCCCCUAAUAAAAGGUUGGAUUGCCUUCUAUCCUUGUCUUUAAGGACUGACAUGCUUUCCUUCCCUGAAAAUGUAGUAGAUGUUGAAAAAUUGGUGCUGGGCUGUCCUUUCCUCCGAAAAUUGCAGGUCGAAGGGCGGAUGGAAAGGCUGCCAGCAGCCUCACUGUUUCCUCCACAGCUUUCAAAGUUGACUUUAUGGGGCUGUAGACUUGUGGAAGACCCAAUGGUAACAUUAGAGAAGCUUCCUAACUUGAAGUUUCUAAAUGGGUGGGAUAUGUUUGUUGGAAAGAAAAUGGCAUGCUCACCAAAUGGUUUUCCUCAACUGAAGGUUUUAGUACUUCGCGGCUUGCCUAAUUUACAUCAGUGGACAAUAGAGGAUCAAGCCAUGCCCAAUCUUUACCGAUUGAGCAUAUCUGAUUGCAACAAUUUAAGGACGGUUCCUGAUGGACUAAAAUUUAUCACUACUCUUCGGGAGCUAGAAAUCAGAUGGAUGCCUAAAUCAUUCAAGACCAGGCUUGGAACUGCUGGGGAGGAUUACCACAAAGUCCAACAUGUGCCAUCUAUUGUAUUUUUGAACUAAGGAUUGAAGCAAUAUCCUCUCCUCUCGUGCUUCCAGAAGCUAAGGUUCCAUGUAAACCCUUAACUUCCAGAAGCAUAUCCCAUCCAUUUGGUGGGCCUCUAUGUUCGUACUUUGCAUUGUGUCUUGAUGGAUUCAGAUACACUUAUUUAAUAUGCUUUUAUAUUUGCAAGAUUGUUUUUAGAAUAGAUUUUCCGAGUGUAAUGCGAAACUAGCUUGUAACUCAUAUUUAGUGAGAAAACCCCUCUUAUUUAAGGAAAUAAUAAAGAUUACCUGAUCUUCUAUGGAUGAAUA